AUGCGGGACUAUCGAGAGGAGUUCGACUGGUCUCCACAAUUGCGCCUGCAGCUAAAGAAAGUCUUUGACAUCUCGAGCUUCCGUCUCGUCCAGGAGCCUGCCUGUAACGCCAACAUUGACGGCCGCGACAUAGUUUGCAUCAUGCCCACAGGUGGCGGAAAGUCUAUUGUAUAUCAACUACCGGCACUAUUUGCGCUCGGAUGUACUCUGGUCAUAUCCCCGCUACUUUCCUUGAUCAAAGACCAGAUCAUGCAUCUUCAGGAAGCCGGUGUGGAGGCUGUCAUGCUCACAGGCUCCACCUCCAAGGACGACCAGAGUUACAUCUACAAGUGUCUCCAGUUCACUGCGGAUCCGAACAAAGUCAAGGGCGGUAGCGACCCGAAAGGGAGAAAGUUUAAGGAGAUCAAGCUUUGCUACGUUACGCCUGAGAAAGUAGCGAAAAGUAAGACGUUAUUAGCGAUUAUCGAGACCCUUGCGGAGAGAAACCGGCUUCCCAGGAUUGUUAUCGACGAGGCCCACUGCGUGUCUCAGCUGGGACACGAUUUCAGACCCGAUUAUAAGGCGCUCUCAAAGCUUCGCCAGCUCUUUCCCAAUGUGCCCAUCCUGGCCCUCUCCGCCACAUGCCCCCCAAACGUUCUCAAAGACGUCCUCAAGAUUCUCCGUCUCAACCGCGUAACUGAUUUCAAGCAGGCCAACGCCGAUGGUACCGUUUACCUGACGAGUCCGCUGUACCGCAAGAACCUGCAUUAUAAAGUCCUGCCGAAGCCCAAAUCUGCAAAAGCAUUUAUUGAGCAGAUUAUACAGUACAUAGAAGAGGAACAUCCAGGAAAGACGGGAAUCAUCUACUGUUUGACGCAGAAGGAUGCCGAAGAUGUCGCGAAAGGCGUGCAGGAGGGAAGUAAAGGAAAGGUCAAGUGUGGCGUGUAUCAUGCUUCCAUCCCCGAACCCCAGAAGGAAGGACUGCACGAGGCGUGGAGGGCUGGGAAGGUCAAGGUCGUUGCUGCGACUAUCGCAUUCGGUCUUGGUAUCGAUAAAGCUGAUGUUCGAUUUGUGUUGCAUCAUUCGAAAUCACUAGAGAACUACUACCAGGAGUCUGGACGCGCAGGAAGAGACGGCGAUGAUGCCGAAUGCGUCCUGUUUUAUAGAGCACAGGAUGCUUUUCGCUUGACUGGGGUCUACACGAACGAGAUCGGCGGUGUGGAGAAAAUUCAUGGUAUGGUCCAAUUUGCCCAAGAUGUUCUCGAAUGUCGCAAGAUCCAGUUCAUUCGCUACUUCUCCUCAAUCGAAUACGUAGCAGUCAACUCAUGGACGCAAGACAGCAAAGACUCCCUCACACCCUGCGGCCACUGCGACAACUGCACUCGUGAUCCUUCCACAGUCGAGAACAAAGACGUCACUCUGGAUGCCUGGCGAGUUCUUCAAAAGAUGAAAGCGUUGGACGGGUCUAAAGUCAAAGCUACGAUGAAUGAGUUGGUAGAGGCGGCUAGGGGAUUGGGUGGCGCGGGAUCAAAGGCGAAGAAAGUGAGAGUGGAUUCAGUGUCCGCCGUGGGUGGUAGUGGCGGUGUCGAUAAAGUCGAAAUGUCAGAGAAGGAGACGGAAGCACUUGUGAUGACCCUCGUCGUGAGAGGCUAUCUCAAAGAGGCCUACGUCCAAACCGCUUACCGAACAAACAUCUACCUCACCACUGGCCCCAAAGCGUAUCCGAUAACGAGGCUAUCCAGGACGGACAUCGAGAAUGGGCGGGGAGAACGUAUCAAUAUGGGCGUCUUGAAGGAGGUGAAGAAGAAGAGGAAGUCGAGGAAGUCGGGGACUAACGCGUCCGGCAAGGAUGUUCCCACUUCUUCGAAGACCGCCAAAGCCGGUCGGGGGGUGAAGAGGAAGCAGAUAGAAAUGGAUGGGGAAGACGAAGGGGAUGAGGAUGAAGACAUCGUGGACGACGCGGAUGACGAAGUGCAGGAGACUCCUCGUACGUCGCGAGCGCGUCGAAAAGAGAACACUAACACAAGGAGACCCAUAGGGUUCGACUUCGAAGAUCCUAGUGACGAUGAAGUGGAGUAUGUGAGUGGGGAGGAUGACUGGGCGUAUGAUAUGAAGGGGACUGGUCACCAGUCAAAGGGACGGCCUUCCGGAGGUGGAAGCAAAAAGGCAAACCAUUCGCGUGCUGGACAAUCAGACGUGAUAGAAAUUUCUUCGGACUAG